AUGUAUAACAGAACCCGUCAACAAACACCAUCUCGUCAAUGCAACUCUUUGUCAAACGAGCCCAUCAUUAAUAUAUCCAUUAAAGCAAUUGUUAAUGGUAAACAAUUACGUGCUAUGAUAGAUACUGGAGCCACUCAUUCAUUUAUAACUCAACGUGCUUUAAGUACAUUACAUCAUGCAGCAGUACCAUCUUGUGAUCGUAUAGCUCAAUUAGGUGAUGGUCAUACUAUGCUCGAGGUCAUUGGUGGAGUUCAACUAUUACUCCAAUUUGAUUCAGUAUUUACACCUCUGGAGGUUCUCGUAGUCAAAACUAUGAACACCGAUUUAAUACUUGGUGGUGAUUGGUGUGCCCAAAAUGCUGUAUGGAUUGAUUAUGCCAAAAAUCAAGUAUCUAUACGUUCACCAACUGGACCAUUGAAAUCCGGUUGUUUUCAAUUUCCUAUACAUGAAACAGAUAAAGAAGAAACAGCAUUUAUUACACAAAAUGGUUUAUGGGAAUUCAAUGUGGUUCCACAAGGUAUCAUGAAUGGACCACCAAGUUUUCAACGAACUAUGCACAAUAUUCUUGGUUAUGGACACUGGGAUUAUGUUAUGGCUUAUUUAGAUGAUAUUCUAAUAGUUUCACGUACCUUCGAUGAGCAUAAACAACAUUUAAAUGAAAUUUUAUCAAUAUUAGCUAAAGCCAACUUUCAAGUUAAUCCAGAUAAAUAUGUUGGAAUCGGGGAUAUUUUACGACAAGAUACACCACAUGGUACCAAAAUUAAUUAUUUUAAAUCUCGGGUUGUAAAUGAUACUGAACGUAAAUAUGAUUCAUGUGAAAAAGAAACAUUAGCUAUUUAUUGGUGCAUUAAUGAACUUCGAUCAUAUAUAGGUGAUUCUAAUUUUAUUGUUGAAACCGACCAUAAACCACUUGAAAAUUUCCAUAAUAAACAAAUUAAUAAUAAACGUGUAAUGAACUGGCUUUUUAAAUUACAAGACAUUUUACUACAAAUUCUCGCCGUCAAAUAUCGUAAAGGUGCAAAUAACACUGCUACUGAUUAUAUUUCACGACAUUUUUCUUCUGCUGCAAUUCUCAACACCGAUGUAUCUACCGUGAGUAUAUCAUAUGAUGACUGGCUGAUGGGUUCUGACAACUGGUCAGAAAAAACACCCAAACCACAACGUCUACAAUUUACUCAAUCAUCUAUGUCAAGCAACAGCUCUAUUCGUAAUGCUGCUAUGAAUGUGGAAGUUAAUGCUGUUACACCUCGAGCACAAGUAAAACUUCUUGCUCAACCGCUUCCAUCUCCACCAGGAAUCUUGUCCAAACAGAAUACAUCUUCUAGUUCACCAUCAUCUAAUCAAUUAUAUGAUUUUAGUUUAUCACGUAUGCAUUCUGAACAGGCACAAGGUCUAGUUAUUCAAAAAUUAAUUCAACAAGUUCGCAAUAAAACGUGUCAUCAACCAUUUAUUAUCCACCGUGAUAUUCUUUAUAAAUUAGCUCGUCGAGGUAAUACAGCUACGAAACUACUUUAUUCACCUUCGAAAUUAAUUCCAGAACUGUUGGCUGCUUAUCAUGAUCACCAUUUAAGUGGUCAUUUCGGCGUUGAGCGUACACGGCUUGCUCUAAAAAAUAUCUAUUUUUGGCCACGUAUGGAAGAAAUAAUUACAUCUUAUAUCCAAUCAUGUAAUCAAUGUUCCAAAUUUAAUGUGAACCGUCGUAAACCUCCAGGACUUUUACAACCUAUUCAACCACCUAACGAUGUUUUUCAAAUUUUAGGCAUGAAUUGGUGGGGACCCACUAUUAUUUCACUUGAUGGCAAUCGAUAUGUUCUGGUUAUAACUGAUCGACUCUCUGGCUACGUUUUUGCUAAACCGUCACCUACAAAUACCGCUCAAGAUACUGCCCGAAUUCUCAUGGAAGAAAUGAUUUUAGUUCAUGCUUCUCCUAAUAUACUUCUUACAGAUCAAGGAACACACUUCAACAACGAAUUAAUGAAUGUUAUCUCGAAUUUAGUUGGAUGCAAACACGUUUUUUCAACAUCAUAUCAUCCACAAACAAAUGGACAAACUGAACGAUGGCAUGCAACAUUCGCUACACACAUUGCUAAAUUUUGUAAUACAGAACACGACAAUUGGGACACCUUUUUGCCACCUAUCGUCUAUGCAUAUAAUAAUGGUAUACAUAGUUCGACUGGAUUUACACCUUAUCAACUUGGAUUUGGACGACAACCGCGUCAUCCAUUUCAGCCUCCUGCAACUACUUUCAAAUUUACUAAACCACAUGAUUAUCGGACACAAUUAAUGCAAUAUAGAAAUACGGCGUUAAAACAAGCAAAAAACAAUGUUCUACAUCCACAGCAACUAACGAAACUUCGUUUUGAUAAAAAUAGAUCACAUUCAACUUUUUUACCAGCCAGUCAACAGCAACAAGCAUUACAACCUUUUCCAGCGCAUAUCUCUUCCAUUUCAACACCACCUUAUCAGCCAUCUUAUGCUCAUAUACCUAAUUCGUUUUUACAUCAACCUUUACCGCAAUAUGCAUCGUUAUUACUUUCACCACCACGCCACCCACCCACAUCUUCACUUGUACCACCAAACCCGAUCGUAUCAUAA